UUAUUAAGUCAGAUAUUGCUCAUAACUGAAGCAAAAUGUAGAGCGUUGCUCAGGACGGAGCUCUCGCCAAUACAGCAUGUGUGGCAGCAUUCAGCACGUACUGGAAGCGAGUUUGAACUACAGAAUCGUCCAGUUCUGUCAGCCCGUCGUCCUCUCUUUGUCAUCUGACUCAGCAGAAAUCACCCAGUUGUGAUGUCAACAGGCACUAAUCAUAAAGGAGAUAAGUGUGUUCAUGGAACAUUAUUGCACCAAGGCUGAGGAAGAAUGGACUGUUCUUUGAAACUUUUCUUCUUUACAUUUCAGGGGAGACAGCUCCACAACAUUACAUAACGGUGGCUAGAGGCAGAAGUUGAACUCAAGUUUACCAGCAGGCAUUACAAGAAAAGAUGCAUUCAGUUCAGAAGCUUAAAGAGUUUAAAACAAGCAAAUAAAGAACAUCAUUCUGACACCAUUCUAAUAUAACAGUUUUGUAUGGCUUGUUCAUAAAAAUUACAUUUGCAGUAUCAUCAUCUGUUAAGACCUUUUCAACUAUGGUAGACUGAAAUGUGCGCAUAUGUAUUCAAAAAGCUAAGAAGUAGCUAACUUGUCCUUUUAAAGAGGUACUGAGACAACACAAACUACUACCCACACAUGCUAAUAUCCCUUUUAAAAACAUCCCAAAAGUAAAUGUCCAUAAUUAGUUUAACAUUUUUACAGUUCCUUGCAAAAGUAUUCAUACCCCUAAACUUUUUCACAUUUUCUUAUGUGCUAAUCAUACUUUUCAAUGUAUUUUAUUAGGAUUUUACAGUCCUGCGAAAAAGUAUUAGCACCCCCCUCACAGAUGUUUCCCUUUUGGUCAUUUUUUUUUCCAAUUAUAAAACAAAUUCUAAUAUCAGACAAUGACAGUAACCUGAGUAAAUUUAAAAUACAGUUCUCAAAUGAUGAUUACGUUUAUUCGAGGUGAAACGCUGUCGACACUAACCCGGUCUGAUCAUUAGAUUUACCACCCUUAACAGCAACAACUGCCAUCAAGUGCUAGUGACUCCUGUAAUGAGUCUCUAACAUUGCUAUGGAGACAUGUUGACCCAUUAUUCUUUGCAUAAUUGAUUUUAAAUAGCCAUAUUUUUGCAUUUUCAAGCAUGAACUGCCUAUUUAUAGUCAUGCUACAACACCUCAGUUUGAUUUGAAUCUGGACUAAACCACUUCAAGACCUACCAGCACCAUGCUAUGAGUUUGAACUUUUUUGAAUUGCUGUUAGUUUCAUGCAAUCCACCUUACAAAAAUUUCCACUUUUGUCUGAUUGGUCAAGAAGUACAUUUUCCUAAAGGUCUUGGGGAUCAUCAAAAUGUUUUUGGGCAAAUGUGAGAAAGGCCUUUGUGUUCUUGUUGCUCAGCGGUGGUUUUCUCAUUGAACUGUCCCACUAAAGCCACGUUUGCCCUGUCUGUUUCUUUUUUUUUUUUUUUUAUCAUGAAUGUUUAUGAAUGUUUCUUUUGUGACCAUCUGGAUGAUGUCUCUGAUCUGUUCCUGAAUUUCUUUGUGGGAUAUUUUAGCCUACUUUAUGUAUUCAGACAGGUUCCAUUUCAGUGAUUUCUUGAUGUUACAGUUUGGCAGUAAGGUGUGAGAGUGGUUAGCUGGUUAAUUGACAUUGAUUCCUGAUUUAAUAAGGGGUGGGUUAGUUUGCAUAGCCUUUUACAUUAAGAAAAGAAAUAUUUAUUUGAAAAUGUCAUGUUUUAAUAAUAUAAAAAUGUAUUUUGUGAUUUGAAUGUAAUCAAAAAACAGCCCAAGCUGAAGAAAGAGUGAGCAAAUACGUUUUCCAAGAACUGUAUGUUAUAGACCAACACAAAGUAAAGCAGCGCACAAUAAUCACACAUUAAAGUGUGGCAUAAAUUUAUAUUCCUAUUUUACUCUGAUACCCCUGAAUAACCUGUUUGUAAUUUGAUUUGUGUAAAUCCUGCUGCUCUGUGAAGGCCUCAGAGGUUUCUUAGAGAACAUUACUGAACAAACAGCAUCACGAAGACCAAGGAAGACAGCAGACAGGUCAGGGAGAAGGUUGUGGAGAAGUUUAAAUUUGAGUUAGGUUAUAAAACAAUAUUCUAAUCUUUAAACAUCUCACAUAGGACGGUUCAGUUCAUCAUCCAUAUGGAUGUGGCACAACUGCAAACCUACUGAGAGAUGGACAUCCACCUAAACUAACAGCUCAUGUAACUGAGGAGCUGCACAGAUCCACAGUUCAGGUGGAAAACUCUGUCGACAGGACAACUUAGUGGUGCAUUCCACAGUUCUGGUCUUUAUGGAAUAGUAGUAAGAGGAAAGCCAUAAAAAGUCCUAUUUACCACAAGCCAUGUAGCUGACACAGCAAACAUAAUGAAGAAGGUGCACGGGUCAAAUUAGACUAUAGUUAAACCUUUUGAUCUUCAUAUAAAAAUGCUAUGUGUGGUGGAAAACAACCACUGCAAAUCCCCCUGACCACCCCAUGCCAAUGGUGGGAGCACCCACAAAGCCAUUGCCUCAACCUUUUUCAGCCAAUACAGGGAAGCUGGUCAGAGCUAACUGAAAGAUAAAUGGAGCUAAAUAGAGGGUUAUUCCUGAGGAUAACCUGUUAGAGGCUGCAAAAGACUUGAGACUGGGAUGGAGGGUUAUCUUGUAGCAGGACAGCUGCCUCAAAAUACAAUGGAAUAGUUUAGAUCAAACCUCAUUAACGUGUCAGAAUGGCUGGCCAAAGUCCAGACCUAAAUCUAAUUGUGGCAAGACUGAAACGUUGGUGCUCACAGAUACAGCAGUCAGGUUGAUCUUGAGCUAUUGUGCAAAGAAUGGGCCAAAAUAUCACUACAUCUGGAAAGGUGGUGAAGACAUACCUCAAAGACUUGCUACUGUGAUUUCAGUAAAAGGUGGUUCUACAAAGUAUUGAGUCAGGGGGACUGAAAUGCACACCUCACAUUUCACUCCUUACCCUUCCCCUUUAACAAGUAAGCACUGCUUUAUGUUGGUCUAUCACCAAAAAAUCCCCCAAAACCACUCUGAAGCUGGUGUUUCUAACCUGACAAAAUGUGGAACAGUUCAAGGAGUAUAAAGACUUUAGUGAGGCAAAAGAGUAUUGAUAUGAAUGUGUGAUUUUAAAACCUUGCAUACUUUGUUUUCUGUUUAGCAGAUGUAAUGGCACCCUGCAGCCUCUUGUCUGUGUGAGCAUCAGCAGCCACCCAGGGCAGGAAUGAUUUACGUAGCUCACACAGCACACUGGCAGUUCCUGGGACUUCUGUCUGGGUGCCUGGCAUGGCUGUUCAUCAUGACAACAACUGGCAUCAAUGAGUGGCGGCUUUGGUAUGUGGACGACGUGUCCAUCAUCACCUCAGGCAUAGCCUGGGUGGGUAUCUGGAGGGCGUGCUUUUACAGCCAUGUCCUUCCAGAGACUGAGAACUGUCAGUCCAUCAAUAUCUCAGACAGCUUCAUCCCAACAGAGAUCCAAAUGGCACAGGUCCUGAUGAUGCUGGCAGUGAUCUUUGGCCUGUUGGGCAACAUUACCGCAGCUCUGGCCAUGAGGAUGGCCUACUUCUCUGUGGAGGACCACAGGUACAUGAGGAUGAGCUUUGUGCUGGCUGGGGCUCUGUGUUUGGUCACAGCAGUGUUCUCCUUGGUGCCUCUGCUGUGGAACAUGGCUUCUGUUCUGAACAACAGCACCAUAGACUUUCCUCCUGAGUUCAACCUCCCUGUUGCUCCUGUCCGGCAGAGUGUUGGAGCAGCAAUCAUAAUGGGCAUCUUGGCUUCUACCCUAAUGCUUGUAAGUGGGGCAAUCUUCCUCUGCUACAAGUAUUCAAUGCAGUCCCUGGAGCAAACCACUGACCCGCUCAACGGUCCCUGGACAGUAACAACACUGCCGAAGAAGUCUGAGCUGCGAAAUGGAGACAGCUAUGGGAUGGAUAAUCUGGGGUUCCACAGUGAAGAAAUCUCAUGAUGGUCCCACAUCUUUUUCCUGCGUGAACAAAAACUUACAUUAUAAGAACAUUUCUAAAAAAGACUCUUAGUCAUAAAUGUUAAGGACCAAACAUUCCUUUAGAAAGCAGUUACAAGUCUCAAAACCUCAGUCUGGAAAACAAAACUCCAAAAAGACAAUGGCAGCACACACGCUGAUGAAUGUGAGCCUUUGUAUUGCAUAUUCUCUGUGAAAGGAAUCAAAAUAAAGUUAUUCCACAUUA